UACAAAAGCCUAAUUGUCACUACCAAGUAUCACCACUUCUUCUCCUCCUCUUCUUCUUCUUCUUCUUCUUCUUCUCUCAACACAAUAAUACUUUCUCACUCCAAUUCACAAUCUCUCUUUUCUCUUCUCUUCAUUUGCAUGGCAGUGAGCUUGUUGGCACAUGACAUAUCCGACCUCUGCCUCGCCAAGCCGGCGCUGACGUCCCUCCCGAUCUCCGCCACCGUCGCCGACGCCUUGGCCGCUCUCAAGACCUCCGACGACCCUUUUCUCAGCGUAUGGGAUUGCCACCACCACCGCCACUCGCCGGAAUCCGCCGCCGCCGGUGAGUGGCACUGCCGGUGCGUUGGCAAGGUGUGCAUGGUUGAUGUGAUAUGCUUUCUCUGCAGGGAUGACAACCUUUUGUCCCCUUCUACUGCCUUGAACACACCUGUCUCUGAUCUCUUGCCUAAGAUUCCAACCCUCGUGACUCAUUUAGAACCAUCUUCUAGCUUAUUGGAAGCCAUUGAUCUGAUCCUCCAAGGAGCUCAAAACCUAGUGGUACCGAUCAAGAGAAGACAUAGCAUAAGCUCAAGAAGAAAACAACAACAGCAACCGAAAAUCUCAACAGCGACGACGACACUUCACAACGGAAGAGAAUUCUGCUGGCUUACCCAAGAAGACGUGGUCCGAUUCCUCCUCAGCUCGAUCGGCCUUUUCUCUCCGAUCCCCGCCCUCUCGAUCGACUCCCUCGGGAUCAUAACCACCGACGGCGUCCUCUCCACCGACUACCACUCGCCGGCGAUCGCCGCUCUCGGCCUCAUCUCCCGAUCCUUAGCUGACCAGACCUCCGUCGCCGUCGUUGACGGCGACGGAGUCCUUAUCGGCGAGAUCUCGCCGCUUACCCUCGCCUCCUGCGAUGAGACCGCAGCGGCGGCUAUCGCGACUCUCUCCGCCGGCGAUCUCAUGGCCUACAUUGACGGCAGCGGUCCGCCGGAGGAUCUGGUCAGGGUUGUAAAUCGGAGGUUGAAGGAAAGAAAUCUGGAAGGGAUUGUUGACGAUUUCAUCGUUUUGUCGAGCCAAUCUUCGUCGUCGUCGUCGGAUGAGGAAUCGAGUCUUGCGUCGCCGACGACGACAUUGGCGAGAUCGGCCGGGAGGUAUAGCCGAUCAGCGAGCUACUCGGCGAGGAUGGCGAGGAGAGCGGAGGCGAUCGUUUGCCAUCCGAAGAGCUCGCUGGUGGCGGUGAUGAUCCAGGCGAUCGCCCACCGCGUCAACUACGUUUGGGUGGUCGACGACGACUCUUGCUUGGUCGGAAUCGUCACAUUUUCUGCGAUUUUGAAGGUUUUCCGGGAAUAUACCAUGCCUUAGAAAUUAGAAAAGAAAGUGAUGUGAAUAGGAGAGACUUUUUUAAUUUAUUUUAAUUUAUUUUAAUUUUUAAUUUUUCAGUGUUUUCUAGGGUACUCUGUUUCUAUUGUUUCUACGUCUUUUUUUUGCGGGACUUACUUGAAUUUUGCGUCUCGUGUUCUUUGUUAUUUCGGAAUCUGAGCAGAAAAAUCGGCACAGGCAAGAUUGUCUCUCCUUUGUUUUUUUUUUUUUUAUAAAGUUUUUUUUUUCUUUUUUGAUAAAGGGUCUUUCCUUUGUUUAUUUUAAGAGAAGAGGUGUUGAGUUUUGGUCUUUGAGUUUGAUGAUUCUGUUGAGGUGGUUAUGUAAUACUCAUGCCUAUAAAGUUAUGAA